AUGGCCAACUCAGGCCUCCAGCUCCUGGGCUACUUCCUGGCCCUAGGCGGCUGGGUGGGCAUCAUCGCCAGCACGGCCCUGCCACAGUGGAAGCAGUCCUCCUACGCAGGCGAUGCCAUCAUCACCGCUGUGGGCCUCUACGAAGGGCUCUGGAUGUCCUGCGCCUCCCAGAGCACUGGCCAGGUGCAGUGCAAGCUCUACGACUCGCUGCUCGCCCUGGACGGUCAUAUUCAGUCUGCUAGAGCCCUGAUGGUGGUAGCUGUGCUCCUGGGCUUCGUGGCCAUGGUCCUCAGUGUCAUCGGCAUGAAGUGCACUCGGGUUGGAGACAGCAACCCCAUUGCCAAAGGCCGCAUCGCCAUCUCAGGGGGUGCCCUCUUCCUCCUGGCAGGCCUCUGCACAUUGACUGCCGUCUCAUGGUAUGCCACCCUGGUGACCCAGGAGUUUUUCAACCCGAGCACACCUGUCAAUGCCAGGUAUGAAUUUGGCCCGGCCCUGUUCGUGGGCUGGGCCUCUGCUGGCCUGGCCAUUCUGGGGGGCUCCUUCCUCUGCUGCACGUGCCCGGAGCCGGAGAGACUCAACAGCAGCCCGCAGCCCUAUCGGCCCGGCCCCUCCUCUGCUGCCCGAGAACCAGUUGUUAAAUUGCCCGCCUCCGUCAAGGGCCCCCUGGGUGUGUGA